GUUCUCCCCGGUCGCCCGGGCCCGGGCCCCGCCGCCGGCGCUGAGCCGCCCGCCCAGCAGAGCCCAGGCCGCGGCCGCGGGGAGGAUGGGCUGCGGCGGCAGCAGGGCGGACGCCAUCGAGCCCCGCUACUACGAGAGCUGGACGCGCGAGACCGAGUCCACCUGGCUCACCUGCACCGACUCCGACCCGCCGCCCAGCGCGGCCGACUGCGGCCCCGAGGCGGGCGGCCCCGCGGGUGUGCUGGAAGAUGGACCGUCCUCCAAUGGUGUGCCCCGAUCUACAGCCCCAGCUGGAAUAUCCAACCCAGAGAAGAAGACAAGCUGUGGGACCCAGUGCUCCAAUCCUCAGAGCCUUGGCGCAGGCACUUUGACCCAGAAACACAACGGCCUUCGGACCACAGAGGUAGGCUAAACGAGAUGCGAAGUGAAUGCCUGCAAAGGAAGUCACCAUCAGUGUCACAGAGCAGCACCUGGCAGGAGGAGGGAGUCGAGGAGUCACAGAGAACUGUGCCCGCUAGGGCAGAUGGACCUCUCCGGUGCCCAUCUCCUACUGGUUGGAUCCCACGAGGAACCUGGAAGAGGAGGGUGCCCCUGCCGAACGUGGACGCUGCCGAGGGCCUCGAGAGACUGUCUGGCCCAGCACCCGACAGCUGCCCGAGCUCUCCGGACGUUCCCAGCCUCCUGGUUUCCGCAUAAAUGUGUUGGCACAGGGCUCACGUAGGCUAAUAGGCUGCAAAUGAGCAGCUCAGUUUGCUGCCUGGCAAUGCCUGCACUCAGGUCUGGCUUGGAAGGGCUGAGCUAAAGCCACAGGCCGAUUGAUGAAGCAGAGAAAGUAGAAAGGGGUGGGAGUCACGUGUCAGCUCCACGCUCCCCUGGCCACGGGAAUGUGCAUCCUCUCUGGCAGGCCUGUCCUUGCUUUCUUUUUGAAUGCCGCCAUCACCAAGCUUGCUGCGUGCGAUUAGACGUUGGCUCUCACCCAAGAUGCAUGAGAAAUCAGGAGACAGGGAAACUCCCCGUCAUUCUUGUUUCCCGAGCUCAAAGCCCGCCAACACCCCGGUGUGUCUUCGGGGGGUGGUCUCUAUGAUGCAGUCACACCCGUUUCUCAGCCUUCAAUGCCCCCGUCCCCAUGCUGGUGUCCACAUCGGCCUUUCAACCAUCAUAUCACGGCCGCUGCAGUCGGUGCAUCCAACCAAGGACGCCCCUGGGGGCUCAGCCAGACAUUGCAUCUUUCAUAGCUUUCCGGGUCCCUUCGCUCGUGUUCUCCAGUGUUCUCUCUCGCAAUCGGGGCACUUGCAAUUGUUAUUGAAAGAACGGACGCCGCUCACCAGCGGGAGAUGAUCAGACCAGGUUGGCUGUACACAGGGCUUCCCUUACCCUCUCCCUACGCAGCCCCAGGACGCUGCCAUCUGCAGAGGAAUCGCUUUAGAAAGUCAGUACCUGGUGGACGUGCAAUCACACUGACAUUAGAUUGACAUGCACUGUGUUAGAAAUCAGGUAGCUGAUGCAGAAAAAAAAAAUUUUUUCCCUCUAGGAAUAUGCAUUUCUAGAAUUUCUUUAAAUGAUGAGACUUGCCUCCAAAGUCAUGUAGCAAGGGUAGCAAGGGCUUGGGAAAGAUAGGCCUGAAGUUGUACCAAAUGCUACCAGUAAGCUGCAUGGGUAGCAGACAUGGCAGCCUGCUGCUGUGUGCUUAUAUAACACGGUCCAGACAAUGGGCAUCAGCAGGUUCCAGUCCAGAUCCUCCGUCUCCUUACCUGCCCACUCUGUUAUGCCUCGAACACAAAUGGGCAGUGUCACUUCCUCCUCUUCUCCUUCAGUAGGUUGUAUGUUUAUUCAUGAAACGUUAAAUGCCAACCUGGAGCCAGGGACCUCACAGAUGCUGAGAGGCUGGCGUCUGGCCAGUCGCCAUCAUAUAUCCC